ACUCCUCAGAAGAGAAUGACUCUGCGAAACAGCUCCUUGGUGACUGAAUUUAUUUUUGUGGGAUUCUCAGAGCAAUCAGAGCUCCGUCUCCCCCUGUUCCUCCUGUUCCUAGUGAUCUACGUGUUUACCGUGGUGGGCAACUUGGGCUUGAUCACCGUAAUCGGACUGAGUCCCAGCCUUCACACUCCAAUGUACUUUUUCCUUUUCAACUUGUCUUUUAUAGAUCUCUGUUAUUCUUGCGUCUUUACCCCCAAAAUGCUGAACGAUUUUGUGUCCGAAAAUGUCAUCUCUUUCAUGGGAUGCAUGACUCAACUAUUUUUCUUCUGUUUCUUUGUCAAUUCGGAGUGCUACGUGCUGGUGGCGAUGGCCUAUGAUCGCUACGUGGCUAUCUGCAGGCCUCUGCUGUACACGGUCACCAUGUCCCCCCAGGUCUGCGCUCUGCUGAUGUUUGGUUCCUACGCGACAGGCUUCGCCGGGGCCAUGGCCCACACCGGAAGCAUGCUGCGACUGAGUUUCUGUGCCUCCAACGUCAUCGACCACUACCUGUGCGAGGUGCUCCCCCUCUUGCAGCUCUCCUGCACCAGCACCCUAUCCAACGGGCUGGUGUUCUUUGUUGUUGUUGGAGUGGUCAUCGCAACAUCUAGCAUCAGCAUCUUUGUCUCUUAUGCUUUGAUCCUCUCCAGUAUCCUCCGUAUUCCUUCUGCUGAGGGCAGGUCCAAAGCCUUUAGCACGUGCGGCUCCCACGUAAUCGCUGUGGCUCUGUUUUUUGGGUCCGGGGCAUUUACCUAUCUAACGACCUCUCUUCCUGGGUCUGUGGACCGCAGUAAAUAUGCUUCAGUCUUCUACACCAAUGUUGUUCCCAUGCUUAACCCUUUGAUCUACAGUUUGAGGAAUAAGGAUGUUAAACUUGCCCUGGGUAGAACCCUGAAGAGAGUGCUUUUCUGA